AUUUUAUUAGAAUCCCCAAUAAUCUUCCAUGUUGAGGAAUUCAAAAUCCAUAUUGCGAGAGUAAUCACCCUAUCACAAAUUCCGACCAAUGCCCCCUUUCCUUCAAUAUUUUGCAGUUUCACAACUUCCAUGGAAGUGUGCGCAGGAGCUCGACGCCUACCAUUUCCGCCUGAGAAACGUGACGUUGAAAAAAUAAAGCAAAAGCUCCUCCAAAGCGGCGUUGAACCAACUCCCAAAAUCAUACACAAUAUCUGCAAAAAACGCCUCCAGAAAGUCAACCGUCGGCAGGCCAAACAGGCCGCUAAGGAACCACGGCCUCUUACUGACGCCCAGAAAGAAACCCUGGCUGAAGAGUUUCACUUCCAAGCCAUAAAAUCCGAGUACAAAAGCUUCGAAAGAACUGUAAAUGCGAAAAAUGAGGGGAAACUCAUAGGACGGCCGUGGGAGAGACUUCACAAGCUUCAAAUGCAAGAACUUUCAAGUGAAAAUAUGCAGUAUUCUGGUGACAAGUUAAGCGCUCAGCCUUUGAGGGAGCUUCGUGACAUACUCGAGUGCGAAAGGGAGAAAUACAGGUGGAUUCUGGAUGACGAUGUCCAGAUUGAAGAUGGGUUGUCUGGUAAUAAGAGCUCAAAUUGGGAACCACCAAAGCUCAGAGGGGGCGAAUCUGGGGCAAUACGGUUUGUCAUUGACAAAUUGAGUGGUACAAAAAUAGUUGCCAAGAACUAUAAGUUUGUGCGGGUUAUGAAACACUCGGGGUUGCAGUUUACAGAACGUCAAAUGCUAAGGUUAGUGGAAGGUCUUGGGGAUAGAGGAGAGUGGAGGCAUGCAUUGUCUGUUGUUGAAUGGGUUUAUAACUUGAAGGAGCAUAAAUAUUGCAGAAGCAGGUUUGUUUAUACAAAGCUCUUGGCAGUUCUUGGAAAAUCUAUGAGGCCUCAUGAAGCUCUUGAAGUGUUCAACUUGAUGAGAGGGGAUGCCAGAAUAUACCCAGACAUGGCUGCCUAUCAUAGUUUGUGUGUUAUACUUGGCCAAGCUGGUCUUCUAAAAGAGUUGAUCAGAAUUAUUGACUGCAUGAAGGAAAAACCCAAGAAAAUUCAAAAUAUGAGACACAAAGAUUGGGACCCUGCCAUUCUACCAGACGUUGUCAUAUAUAAUGCUGUUUUAAAUGCUUGUGUUCCAUCUCGCCAAUGGAGAGGAGUACAUUGGGUCUUUCAGCAGCUAAGGAAGAAUGCCUUGAAACCCAAUGGUGCAACCUAUGGACUUGCGAUGGAGGGUUGGGUUGUCCACCAAAAGAAUGUUCUGCAUUUAUAUCCAAGGCACUUCAGUUAUAUCAUCAAGCUGCAUUUGCAUUGUAAGGUGAUAUUUUCAACAUUAAGGCAAAUUUUUGUUGAAAGGUGAUGUUGAGAUCUAGGAAGUAUGACCUUGUGCAUGAAUUCUUUGAGAAAAUGAAAGCAAGUGGGGUUGCUGUCAAGGCAAUUACAUACAAAGUUCUUGUCAAAGCCUUCUGGGAAGAAGGCAAGGCAAAUGAAGCCAUUCAUGCUGUUAGGGAGAUGGAACAAAGGGGAGUUAUUGGAACUCCUUGUGUGUAUUAUGAACUAGCUUGCUGCCUUUGCUAUCACGGAAAGCUGGAAGGUGCCUUUUUCGAGAUUAAAAAACUAAGAAGCCUUGGUUGGACUAGACCUUUGGCAGUUACCUUCACUGGGAUGAUAUUGUCUUCAAUGGAUGGUGGACAUAUUGACAAUUGCAUAACCAUAUAUGAGCACUCCAAAAAACACUGCAAAAUGGACACUGGAAUCAUAAAUGCCAUGCUGAAAGUGUAUGGUCGUAAUGAUAUGUUUCUUGAAGCCAAGGAAUUAUAUGAGUUGACAAAGAAAGUAGACACCGGUUCUCAAAUUAGUAUUAGUCCAGAUAUAUACACUUUCAGUUCCAUGCUUGAGGCAUCUGCUCAUUCUCUCCAAUGGGAAUAUUUUGAGAAUGUCUACAAGGAGAUGACCCUUGUUGGACAUCAGCUUGAUACAAAAAAACAUGCACACCUGCUGGUGGAUGCAUCAAAAGCUGGGAAGGGACAUUUACUUGAUCAUGCAUUUGACACAAUUUUAGAAGCUGGUAAGGUGCCUCCUCUGUCAUUUUUCACUGAGAUCUUAUGCAGUGCAAUCUCGCAGCAUAAUCAUGAAAGAGCUGUCAGCAUGGUCAACAUGCUUGCUGUUGCACCUUACCAAAUCACCGAACAUGAGUGGAUUGAGUUCUUCGAAGGCAACCAGGACCGGGUAAAGAAUGCUCAUUUCCAAGAAUUGUUGGAAAUGCUCUGCACAGAGGGCUUGAGAAGUGAAGCUACCAUUGUAAAUUUGUCUAGAGCAUUACAAUCUCUCUUGGGGGAUAGUGGCUCAAACAACUUGAAUUCUGGGGGUGGUAAUGAUCUAAAAUCUGGCAAGGGGGGAGGUGUUACAGAUUUGAUAUUCAAUGAUUAUUUUGAUGAGUUUGAGGAACUAAAUUUGGAAACAGUGACCACUGAGGAAGAAGAUUCACAUGAAUCGGGGAUGCCAUCAACAUAUGAGAUAUUGCAGUCAUGGAAAGAAAUGGAGGAAACACGGUAGCAUUUUCCUCCUAGUUCAUAUAAGCUACCAGUGAACUUACCCCUUUCCCUAAUGAUGCAACAAGAUAAAGAAAGUUCAAGGUUUUGGUCUAAUGUCAGCAAAUUUCCCUGCAACCCUCUGGCCAGAUUCCAUUUUUUACACCAUACUAAAUCAUGCUUCUUGUGUAGCUAGCGAGGUGCAAUACCAGAAACUUCAAUGCAUCAUUGACAAGCUUUUCGACCUCAUGAAACUUGAACGACUGGAUUACAUCUGCCUACGUAAUUGCAGUAUCCGCCUACGAUUCCACGUGUCGUAGUAGCUCUGUAGGCAUGUUUUUCUUAAUGUAUUUGUUAUUUUAAUUAUUUUCGAAAAGAUGGCACGAUUUGUCUUAUGCACAUUUUUCUUAAUGUUUUUGUUUAUUAUAAAUAUUUUCGAAAAGAUGGGGAGAAUUUGUCUUCAAGCAAAGCUUGUUUUUCUUUCUAUAUUUAAAUAAUCAGAAGCUCAUCAUUAGUUUUUGAAAUUUUCAUCGGUCUAUUCUGUUAUAUAUGGUGCUGGGAUAGUGGGAUAUGAAUUUGGUGAGGUCAGCACUGCUUGAGCUGAGAGAUGGAAUUAUUGGUGAAGGGCUUGCUCGAUCAGUCGAUCUCGAAUAAAUUCGGGAUAUAUUUACUUCGCUGCAAAGCAUUAGGCUACCCUUCUGUUCAACGGGCAUCCAAAACCUCUCACAACUUCAAUUAGAUGUCACCAUCUGGGCAGAAGUGGCCACCGCCACAGGUACUAUGUGUUGCCACCAACAUCUAUCACAGUAUCACUAUCAGUCAUUGGCUACUACGACUGACAUUGCAUGUUCUCUCCACGGUUAGCCGCCACCAACACCAUUGUUGGUCGCCACAACCUUUGACGGUCACCAUUGGACAUCAAGGAAAAAUAUGUAACUUGCUUCAUAAGUUGUGAUUUAAUGUUUGUGAAGUAAAUUCAUCAUUGUCAUUGCAAUGUUAACUGUGUAAUUCUAAAAAAAACAAUUACUUAUGAGACUUAAUAGGUAUCACUAAAAAACUUGUGUGG